CAAGCCGGAUACCAGAUACCGGAGCGGUGCCAUUCGUAUCCGCGUGAUUGGCGUAAUCGGUGCCGCCGAGCUCGGCAUUCACGCCUUGCACGCCCUGCGAUUAAUCCACGAUUACGAUUACGAAGGAACGCGCGCGUGCUACGUGCGUGUGUGUCCCCGUGGUACAUCAAAUCCCAACGACCGACGUCCAACAUCGACGUCGGCGGGUGUCCGGUGAUCGGACAGCACGCGGAAUCGUUUCGGAAUCGUCCCGUCGUACGGCCAAUCGCGUUCGGGCCGGUCUACGCCGCUCGGUUGGUAAAAACGCGCGAGCGGCUCCGAUACGUCGAGGGGAUUCCUACGUCGGCCCAGCACGAGGGGGAAAGGGAGAGCGAGUGGAAGAGAACCGAGGGACAUAGCCCGCUUCGCGGUAGAGAGGGUAGUGCCGAGAGAGCGAGAGAGAAAGACGCAGGAAGCGGACACGCGCGGAGCGUGCGGGGAAGAGAGACAGAGGGGCGCAGAUAGAGCGUGAGGGAAGGGAGGGGACUGCUCACUAGAAAGCUAGGUAUCGGGAGGCGACGGGGAAAGCUAGCUCUUCACCACCCGCACGAGUUUCCCUUGAACAGUCGUCUGAAGCGACACGCGGCGCCUUUUCUUCCUUCUCCGAGUGCGAGCGGACCUGUACCGUGCUCGUUGUCAUACAGUCAUCGUCAUCGACGAUUUCGCAUAAUCGUGACGCAAAUCAUCUUCGGUGUCGUCACAGCGUCGCCUAAGAAGGAGGGAGCGACGUGCUCGAAGGAGGGAGUAAAACGCGGGGCGGAAGGAACGGAAUCGGAAGAGAACCGAACAGGGAAGGAAGAGGGAGGAGAGAGUGAGGAAGUGCGCGCGUCGUAAUCGACGGGAAGAGAAGUUUCGGGCAUCGCACGAGAGACCGCUGGAGCUCCGAUAUUCGUCGUGUCGUCUCGUGCACACCGUACGCCGUGCAUCGCACCUUGCUUUCGGGCAUACCUCUCGAGGAGGGCGUAGGGCGAAAGUGCAUAGUACCUUUUUACGCUUGUCUUCCCUCCCUCUCUCUCCACUUUGGUGGCGCGGGAGAUCAGCCAGUGUUUUAGUGCCAGUGUUUAAAGUCUACCUCAAUCGACGGCUUGCGGCCGAUAAAGCAGUUUAACAGAAGCGAAUAUUUAUCACGGGAAGCGAGAGAAAUUAAAAUACGUGUGUGUGUGUAUAUAUAUUAUAUAUAUGUAUAUUAUAUGUAUACAUUAAAUAUAUAUACAUAUACAUAUAUAUAAAGGGAAGAUACACAGUGAGAGCGCGUAUCCUCAUUUUGUGCGUGAGUUCUGCGACAGAAAAGCAAAGUUAUUAAACGUAAACAUGUCCCUGGAUAAAUUCACGGAAGAUACAACGCUGCACAAGGAUAUGGAGCGUCUGGACAUCGAGGACAAAAACGGCGACAGUCAAAGUGGCAGCGGCGUCGCUAAGGCCUUAGUGAGCAAUCUGCCGGCCCAGGCUCGUUUAGAAGAGCUCGAAGUACUGUUUUUGAGCUACGGCCAGGUGCAGCAUAUCGAGAAACUGCCGUCGCGAGAUCCCAACACGCAGGCCGUUCUUGUUAGCUAUGAGACGCAAGAGCAAGCACAGCAGGCUGUGAACCAAUUGAAUGGCUACGACUACGACGGCAAUUCGCUGAAAGUGGAGAUGUCCUCGGCGGAGAGCCGACGAAGGGGCCGCAGCCAGCGCGGCGGUGGCGUCGCCUUCGCCGGACUGUCGGGUUCCGGUCGGCAGACCGACUUUCCGUUGCGCAUCCUCGUCCAGUCGGACAUGGUUGGCGCCAUAAUUGGCCGACAAGGAUCUACUAUACGUCAGAUCACGCAGAUGACGCGCGCCCGAGUGGAUGUGCACCGCAAAGACAACGUUGGAUCGCUGGAAAAGGCCAUCACCAUCUACGGUAAUCCUGACAACUGCACCAACGCCUGCAAGAAGAUCCUAGAAGUGAUGCAGCAAGAGGCAAACACCACGAAUAAGGGAGAGAUUACCCUGAAGAUCCUUGCGCACAACAACCUCAUUGGUCGAAUCAUCGGAAAAGGCGGUAACACCAUCAAGAGAAUCAUGCAGGACACCGACACGAAGAUCACAGUCAGCAGUAUCAACGAUAUCAACAGCUUCAAUCUCGAGCGCAUUAUCACGGUUAAGGGUUCCAUCGAAAACAUGAGCAAGGCUGAGUCCAUGAUCUCCAGCAAGCUGCGCCAGAGCUACGAGAACGAUCUUCAAGCCAUGGCUCCCCAAAGCAUGAUGUUUCCCGGCUUGCACCCGAUGGCCAUGAUGUCCACCGCCGGCAUGGGUUACAGCUCCCGCGGACCCGGCCUCUACGGCUCGGGACCCGCCCCGUAUCCCUACCAGAGCAGUCUGCCUACCCAGCAGGGCGUCGCCACCAGUGACACCCAAGAGACGACGUUUCUCUACAUUCCCAACAACAGCGUCGGCGCCAUCAUCGGCACCAAAGGCUCCCACAUACGCAAUAUCAUUAGAUUCUCCGGCGCGAGCGUGAAGAUCGCACCCCUCGAACAGGACAAGCCGGCCGAGCAGCAGACCGAGAGAAAGGUCACCAUCAUCGGCUCUCCAGAAUCUCAGUGGAAGGCUCAGUAUUUGAUCUUCGAGAAGAUGCGAGAGGAGGGAUACGUCUCGGGCACCGAAGAUGUCAGGCUUACUAUCGAAAUCCUGGUUCCCAGCACCCAGGUUGGCCGCAUUAUCGGCAAAGGCGGUCAGAAUGUCAGGGAGCUCCAACGCGUAACUGGCAGCGUGAUUAAGCUAUCGGAGCAACAGGCUACUCCUCCUUCAGCUGAAGAAGAGACAACCGUCCAUAUCACCGGCCCCUUCUUCUCUGUUCAGUCGGCGCAAAGAAGAAUUCGCGCCAUGGUUCUACAAUCGGGCACUACCGGCGGAACCGGUGGUGCAGGCUCACGCGUCGGCCGCGGUAGCAGCCAAGAGGGCGGCGUUCGCUCCAAAAGAGACGGCAGUGCUACUUCCCAGAGCGGCUCGACGUCGCAGCCCUGUUCUCAGCAGCCGUCAAGCGGCUCGCCAUCUAGCCACCAACAGCAACAGCCACCGCCACAAUCACCGCAAGCCCAGUAACAUCGAUGACCUCCACCAGACUAUGCGGACCGACGCUAAAAACGCCUAUCCGUUUUAUUCGCCGGAGUGGCCUCGUCGUCGCUUUGACAUUCUCUCUCGUCGAGAGGCCGAGCUUAUCGCGACCACCCUCUUUUCUCGCGGGGCGCACGCGGUCCUUUCCGAUAGGGGAGGGUCUCGAACGAGGAAAGUGCGUGACGCACGGAUCGCGGACGGGAAGACGCGCGCGACAACAUUCUGAGAGUUAACUCGACAUCCAUCGCCCGACACCUAACACGACACGAGCGAGCUCUCCGAUUCUGCGAGUUGACGAUCUCUUCAGAGUUCCAGCUUUCGCUUUUCAAUCUCGGAGGAAUAAUUCGAGGCUUUUAAAUUUGAUGAGUCAUCCGGGAUUCUGAAGGGAUUGACUGACUCGCGGCGCUCGAUGAGCGUCCAAGUGCGUAGAGUUAAUUCUGAGAAUUUGAACGAGGAUUCCAACUAGGAUGAAUCCAAGACUCGAGCGUGAGAGUCUUUUUGAAGGGUCAACGAAGGCCUAGGCCCUCUGUUCGAUUCGACGAACAGCCCGUCUGUCGCUGAUGGAAGCGCAAGGAAACACCAUAGUUAGCUCACUCGCGACUCUCGAAUUGCAACUGCAAUUGCAAUAUCAAGUAGACUCGCGAGAUCAGAACGGUACAUGUUCGCCGCGAUCGAACGGAGGAGCGUCAGGCCUAUCAUCCAACCUGGUACGCUCCAGGUAGACACUGCCGGUACUUGAUUGUUCUCGUUGACGUACAAAGACGUUUUCCCCUCCGCUCUGCGCGUCGCUCCUCACGCGCUCAUAAACUCGUUCGGACACCCCUGCGAUAGUGACGAAGCGACACGCACAGCCGCGCACGACCCAAUUUCGCAGCGCUAACGAAACCACCACCGCCGAUGAAAUAGGAUACGGACCGGAACAAACUAAAUGGAAAAGAAAAAAAAAUGAAAACACACACAACCUUAUUACCUCAUUGCAUUACGGUUAAAGAUUUAAUACGAUAAAGGAAAGUGAAACGCGCCAGAGAGAAGCGAUAAACCGAUUAAAAAAAAGAAGUCUAUCUAAUAUUAAAGUUAUUAAUAAUAUACAGAGAAGUUAAGUGACAAUUACAUAUUACGUUAUACCUGUUACUACUACUACUUCUGCAACUACUACUAUUAUUACUACUUAUUACUACUAUUAUCGGUAUAUGCUAUUUACUUACUUCUUGCUAGUACCACAGGAGGAAAGCGGUUUUUUCUUAAAAAAAAGCUUAAAAAACCAAAAAAAAACGCCACGGAAACACAAACGAAGUACAGUUUUUAUACCACAAUCCAGAGACAUUGAAUGAUAAUACAGGACUUAAAUAAAAUAUCGAAACCGCGAGUCGCGGGACGGCCACGGCCCGUUCCCGAUCGUGGACACAAAUCAGGAUGCCUCAGGAGGAGAUAAGAAGAAAAGAAGUGACCUCCGCGCCCUCAACCCGCCCCUCCUCGCACCACGUAAUACCAAAGAAGAAGCGAUUAUGAGUUUUUUCGUAUUAGUGAAGUGAAAUGCGUCGUGCACGCUCUAUUCGCCUCAAGUUCCUCACCAAGAGCCAUGAGAGUGAAAGAGAGAAGAAGUAAAGAGGGGUCAGAUACGCGUGUGUAUGUGGGAGGGAACAUAAUCGGCAAAUAAUCAUCGAAAUGUCGAGGACGACGCUAACGAGACAUCAAGUUGCUUGGCACGCGUGAUGACGAUGAAAGAAAAAAUUUAAAAAAAGGAAGAGAUGUUCAUAAAGAUGAACUGUAAGAGAAGACAAAAAUCCGUUAAUGCCGUAGCAGACUGACGCACAGGCGUUUUGUGCCACGUUUCUGAAAAACAUUACUGAAAAUCGUAUUGUGGCACUAGGAGAGAAUGAGAAAGCGACUGUCGGUACGCGCAAAGAACAGGAGAAGAGAAAAGCGAGCGAGAGAGAAAGAGAAAGAGACGACGAGCGAAGGAGGGGACGUAAGAAAUACAAAAGAGGUAAAUCGACAAAACUUAUCAGGGAUUUUUACUUUUACCAUGAAUGUAAUAGUGUGUGAGUGUGCGUGUGUUGAAUAAUAAUUAUUAAUUGAUAAGUAAUUGAUUACUGAUUAGGAGUUAAAACGGCGAGGAAAGGCGGACGGAAACAAAACACAUUUAGGCUUAACGCGAGAGGUUUGAUAGAGAAACGGAAGUGGAAGAGCUGUGAAAAGAAAAAGCGGGUAAGCGGGGAACAUCGUGACGCUCGCUCGCGGUACCGGUCUCGCCGCUCGCCGCGGACGCUGCGCCGUCGCGCUGAGACGAGCGUCGAGACGGUGCCUCCGCGGUGUCCCGAUCAGCUCGCGCACCCUGUAAUUUUUUGCAAAUUAUAGCCGUUGGAUUGAGAGGCGUGGGGCCGGGAAAGAGAGUUGCGAUUUCGUUCCGAUCUCGCAUAUCGAGCAUCGCGACUCGCCAGCGCGUACAAUCGGUCGUUGUUAUCCCGCCACGCGGAGAUCCCGUACGUGAUCGUUGUUCGCUCCCCCCAUGUUCAACGACGUGAUGUCGUUUCGCGGCGAUAUCGUAACCGAUAUGAAGAAGGGGGUAAGACCGAUCGCGCGACGAGACGAGGCGAAAGCGAGAUGGUGAACGCGAUUAAUCAGAUUGGACUCAAAGUGGAGCGAAACCGCUUCCGCAGAGCGGUCGUUAAAACGUUGACCAGGAAAAUUCAACAAACACUAACGGACUAACGAAUCACGUCGCCCGGUCUCGUGUCGGCGUCCGCGGUUCGAUGUAUCGAUCGUCGAAUGCGCCGCUAAAACGAACCUUGGAUGCUCUUUCGGGUCCCGAAACGGGUUGGCAGACACAUUUAUCCAGUAGUUUACGUCAUCAAGCUACUCGAAUCUAUCGAUCAGAGAGUUAUCGAUUCUCGAUCUCGAAGUUCAUCAAAGCUCGUCGACGCGAGACCGAAGCGACACUGGCACGCGGAACCCCCAUCUCGGGGUGCCCGCGUCUGGCGACAUAGCGGGGUCCCUCAACGGGCCCCGCUGGUUUACACUCUCGGCAUUCGGUAUGCAUUUAGUACAAAGAUACACGAGUUCAAGGAUUGAUAAAGCUAAUCGAGUUUUAAGGGAGACGUAUAGGGACGUUAAAACAAGAUGUAAUAUCAUGUUUAAUCGUCUUUUUGUUUAUUUUUUUUUAUUUCUUUCGGGAUAAGGUUGAGAGAUUAUGGAACUUUUUGGAGCGCGCGCGUGCGCAAACAUCUCACGAGUGCCGAUCGACAAGAUCAGUGGACCUUUCGCAGCGGAAUGCAAAUGCGUAACGUCUCGCCGGAAGCUUAGUCGAACGUUUUGGAUCUAGGAUUUACGAGAACAAAAUCCACCAAAGUUAAAAUUGAUGUGAACCGAGCAGACGUGAUCGGUUGACAUUUGAUUAGUGUUUCUCGGUGUAAAAAAAAAGAGCAACGUUGACCAGGCAGAAACGUGUUUAACGGAUACGCGGUUUUCCUAUUUUCCGCUGCAUCACGCGAAGAUGAGGCACUAGAGAUGUACGAGUGAGCGCACGGAUAGAAUUGUGGGGGGCAAAAAAAGGCGAAACGGGUGAUAGGAUAUAUAAAAAAAGGAUUCGAAAGAUAGAACGGAAGAGGAGAUCGUGUUUAAGAACGUAGAUUUAUUUGGACGGAUUGUUGAAGAUACUUCAAGUGAAUCUUUCUUUUUCAAGAUAUUUUUUUUGUUAGAUGUUUUUAAUAACUUAAUGAAUUUUUUAACGAUAUUAAGAGUGUGAAAAAACAAAGAGAGAUUUUUUCUUUCGAUGUAAGAUAAGGGGGAGAGGCGAAACGGAAUGAUUUUCGCGGCGGAACGGAUAAAUUAACGUGAUAAAGGAAAGAUUUAAGAAUAAAUCGGGGGAACGAAUUCGGACGAGGCGCGCAGCUUUUUGCACUGUGCUCGCUCGCUUUUGGGAGGGGUGGGAAGGGGUAAGAUCGUGACAUAAGGGAUAUUCUUUUAGUCGGGAAUAUAAAUUUGUAUAAUAUAUUUAAUAAUAUAUUUCGAAGAAGAGCGGCUUGUCGCGGGUCCGCUCGGCAAGGCCGUCAGUUAUACGGGGCCCGGUCCUGGAACCUCGUAGUUCUAUGCGAGGGACCCUGACCGUCGUACCCCCGUAGGCGAGUACCCGCGUCCCGCAAUUAUUUAUCAAGCGUAAAUAUUUAAAUGUGAGAUAGAGAGAGAAAGAGAGAGAGAUAGUGAGAGGAUGAGAUUUGUAUUAAAGUUUGUAAAGAAAAAAAAAUCGCGAUACGGAAGGAAGUGCCAAGGGACAAGCACAGUACGCAGAAUUAGUACAAUGCAGUAAAUAGAUCGCAGAAUAGACUGGAUAAAAUAGAACAAAGGCAGAAAUAGUGAAACAAUAGCGCACAGAACCAGCUGGAGAAAGAGAGAAGAAAAUAGAAACGCGAAUACACAUACACAGAUGAGUACAGCAAAAAUGGAGAAUCCCCUCAUUUAUUCUCACGAUUGAUGGAAUCAUUUACGCUAACUUUGGGAAUCAUCGCAUCUUUAAUUUCCUUUCGGCCCGCACUUCAAAAUUUCAAGUCGAUGAAGAGAGAACAACCCGGACACACGAGAGAAGAAGCACGACGCAAAGAGAGACACGCGAAUCGCCCCUAUGACAGAGAGACUCGCGAUCGCCGAGGAGAGGACUUCCGGAACGCCAUCGUCGUCCCGCGGGACCUCGUCGAGUCGGCUUUCAGCGAGGAUUAUCGCCAACCCGCCCGCUUUCGGAGUAUCUCUUUCUAAGUUGAACAAACGGAACCUCCGCUCCGCGGAAAGACGCGAUUUUUUUGACGAGAUUUUCGUUAGGCAUUAUGCAUUGGAAGAUCUUGGCGAAUACAGUUCUUUGAGAAUAAAAUUAUAAAUUUAACUCUUGCAAUUAGAUUAAACAAUUACAAAAAUUUUUCUAGAUACAAAUGUAAAUCCAAAAUUUUGCGGACGCGAAAUUAGAAAAUCGCCGCGUUCUUUCCGCGGACGAACCAAUCUGCCCCGCAUGUGAAAACUCACACUUUUCGCUCGUUCGGGUCCUUCAAUAUGGAUUUUUCGUUAAAAAUUUCGAACUUUUGGACUAGGCAAAAAUCAGGACAAGUAGAAAUGAAGAAAGGCAUAUUUCACGUAAACUUGUAUACUUCUCAUUAGAAGACAGCAAGUACACAAUCUCGUCGGUCAGAAAACAGUAGAAGGUAACACUGUUCGGCCGAUUCCUCAGCACUUAAGAAACGUCAAGAAGAAGAAGAAAAAAGAAGAAUAAAUGGUAAGAGAAAAAGAGAGAGAGAGAGAGAGAGACAACCCGCUCGCACGCUCGAGAGAAAGGAAAAGAAUGUACAAAUCAAACAAAGUAACAAACAAUGAUUGAAUAGAUGAAAUUAUUAAUAUAAUAAUGAUAACUUAAAGGAGAAAGAAGAUUUUUAAACGUUAUAAAUUAUUGCGCCCGCCCGCAAGGCGCGCGUGUUAGAGGCGAAGAGUAUAACUUAAUCUACUGAUAGGAAUAUCGACAAACAAAUGUACAAAAUCGAUUUAUCGCUAAAUGUUAGUAUUCUAGAGUAUUUUACCGUCGAAAGUCGCGUAAAAGCGAGAAAUUAUAUUAAGCUCGGCUAAGAUUGCACACCUCGACAGAUAAUUAAAGAUAAGAAAUUCGAGCCUCAAAACAAGAAGAAGAAAAUUUAACGUCACUCCGCCAAAAAAACAACAUUAUUAUCAUUAUUAAGAAAGAGGAAGAAACAAAUAAUCGGAAACUUGAUCAAUUGAUGUAAAAAUACGAAAACACGUCAACUACAUCACGCAAGCCUCGAAAGAUAAUAAUUUCAUUUUUCCUUUGUACGAACGUCGAACAUUCAACGUGUCUCCAAUGACUCUCGCAUGCACACACAAUUCUAUCAAUCUUUCGUCACAUUCUUCGUGCCUGUAGUUUUGCAACCAAGACCGACUGAACGUAAAUGGAUGUUUCUCGCAGAGAAUCCAUCCUUCAGGGUGGUUGCAUCAACAUCGGUUAAUUGAAUUUUGUUGCAUCUACGGCACAACUAUUCAAUUAAAACGAAACACGAUCGAAUGAAUUAAUGUCCUAGCAAGAUCGGAAUCAGUUAACCGAGUUGAGGCGCAACCGAGGUUCAGGCUGAACGAAAUUCACAGGCGAGAUCCGUACGAUGGACCAUAGAUAUAUCACUCACCGUAUUCUCACAUGAGUGAAAUCGCAAAGAGAGGGAAAUCACGCAGACGGCAGAAUAUCAGGCGAGCAGCACGCCUGCGAACAAGAAAACGAAAAAAGAGAAGAGAGCGUCUAACGCGUAACAGCUACGCGAUUCGCCGUAUAUGUAUAUCUAUUGGACUUUUCACGAAGGCGACAGAGAGAAAGAGAAAAGGAGAGAGAAACGCAAAAACCGCACGAGAUACUCGAGCAGGAUCUCUCGUUUUCCGAUUGACCGAUCAAUCAAGCAGUCUGGAUCAGUCGUGAACGCAACGCAACUGCGAACGCCGCAUCCGAUCGCUAGAAUCGAACGACGCACACAGAGUUCUUCUGAAGCAGGCUCUAGGGGUUUUUUCUCAACUCGUUGACGAACCACGGGGAGUCACGUAGUCGUGUCGAGCGAUCGAUAUCGAGCAAAACUGUAGUUAACAAUGAUGAAGCUGUUUGAACAGUUCUUUCAAGCAGAAACAGGGCUCGAAUUUGCCGACUUCGUCGAUGCUCCUUCGUGCGUUUCGUUCAUGAGAGAGACACCCCCAUACACGCAGCAGCACGUAUAUACAACCAUACAUAGUUACCGCACACGCCGGAAAUACGAAAAGGUGGAGAAACGGUGGAAAUCAGUUUCUCGACCGUUGCACACACGACAUUACCUAUCCCGAUAUGAUAUAUCGAUAUAUAUAAAUAUAUAUAUUGAUAUAUAUGUAUAUGUGCGUGUAUUUUUCUUCCGGUACACGCGCAAAUCCGUACGAUCGUUCAUCGAUCCUACAUCACCGCGAUCGUGAUCGCGAGCGGCAUUAACAGAAGUAUGAAAGAAAGAGAGACAAUUGGCGUCCAGGAUCGCGACAAGCGAUCCGUUCGGAACUCAAACAGGUUGCAGGAUACUUCUCUUAAUUGAUAUAGUAAUGAUUAAUGAAUAAUAAUAGCUAUAAGAAAUGAUUUAAAAGCGACUUUAACAUUAAUAAAACGCAUCGCGCGCUUCCCGUUUGAAGAUCGGACGGGGAUCGCGCUUGCGAUCUAAGCUGGGGUAUGGGGGGGGACAGAAACGAAAAUAAGCUAGGAAUGGUAGACUUGCGGCCAGAAGUGGCAGAUUAUUUUGGGCUUUAGUAUUAGCGUUUCGAUAGAGAGGUGUGGUGUAAGUGCGACUCGGGUGCAGGAUGGUGAUAGGGCCGCCGGAAAAAUUUUAGAGCACGAUCGCUUUCCUCGGACUUGUUCGCUAGUCUCGAAGAACAAGAUCCGACCGUUGAUCACGAACCGGUCAUGAAACCAAUCGGCCAUUUCGUUACUGAUGCGCUGAUCGUUCAUCGAUGAGCUGGCGAUCAUUUUCCAUGCGCAGCGAUCGUAAAUCGAUCGGCUUGAAGACGUCUGGAUAAAUUGCAGAUCGUUAUUUCGCACGUUAACAAAAUUUUGAGAAAAUUAUUUCUAUGCGAUUUCGGAUCACUUGCUGAACGAGAUCAUACGCAAGCCUGGAUUACAAGAUUUCAGGAUUAAGAUCAGAUAUACAGCCAAAUUAUUUUAGAAAACAGUUAAAGAUUAUAAGAGCUACAUGAUUUCGCUUAGCAUCUUCUCAUUUUUUUACCCAGACACUUUGGGUGAGAUCCGCUCGGAGAAAUCAAACGGGGAUGAUAUUUUCGGCGCAGGGAACGGUUCCGGGACCGGGCACGUGGCGGCAAUCGAAGGCCUUAUUAUACAAACUUGGGCAUUGUUAUUUACUGUGACAGGUUGAUAUCGCUAAACAGAUAGUAUAUCAAGUAAGCUCUAGGCGUGAUACACCUCCGGAUUAUAGGAACAGUGAAAGAGUUGUGAGGCAGAGAAAGAAAGAGUGAGAGAGAGAACGA